GGGGGAGCACGCGCGGUCAUUAGUGACGACAUCUGAGUAGGGAUUAUUAUAUAUAUACGACCCUUUACCUCAACACGUAGCGAACUGCUUCCAAACUGCUGUAUUUGCAAGCUCAGUUUUGGAAUAUUUUACGCCCCAACUCCUAGAAAGACGAUGGAUAUUGAACUACAGGAGCGAGCCGGUGGAAGGAGACUCAAACGGAGACCAGAGGAUAGUUCAGAAUUCUUGCUUGGGUUCCCUCACAGACGAGCUCUGAUUGCACUGGCUCUCUUUUUCCCCACCGGAAUCUUUGCUCUCUUCUACUCCAUAAAGGAGAGUCAGCAUAUCUCAGAAGGAAGCGUGGAAGAAGCUCAGAAGGCAGCUGAGAGGGCAGAGAAAUUCAUAAUCAUCAGCAACAGAACUGGAGUGGCGGUGCUCUUCACUCUGGCUCUAUCUCUAAUUGCAGCUGUCGUGUUUCUUAUCUGCAAUUCCAUAGGCGAAGCACAUGUUGGAGACCGUUUCUAAAUGUUUCUCUCCCAAAAAUAAUUAUACCUAAUCGACUAUAUUAUAAUGAUCAUUCAGCUACGUAAAGUUUUGAUAGGACGUAGAAUAACGUACUCCCACACAUGCUGAGUGGACAAAAGGGGUCUUUCCGAUCUGUGCUAAACGUGAGUGUAUAGUAUAGCUAUUUUUUCAGAGAGCAGUAGCAACGAGACCAGCUACCAAACAGUAGACAACUUGUAGUUGAGCGGAUCGCCGAAGUGUCGUGUACGCAUGCGCAAUGUCGACAGAGAGUCUCGACACGGCCGGUGGUCUCCACGUGCCCCUGUUGAGCGUGGUCACCAAGCCAUCCAAAGCCGAGGAGAGGUGUAGAAGACGCCGGUUGGCCGGGAGAGAGCGACACUUUCUGGAGAGAGUCACUGCUUGCUACUCUCUGCUUCUUUCCACUUGGUCUCAUUGCCCUGUGUGCCUCUCUGGAGGUCACCCAUUGGAACAAUGAGGGAAACUUUGGCAGAGCCAAGAGCGCAUCUCGCCGUGCCGAGUCCCUAGUCAAGUUGACAUACGGGUUCUCGACUGUGUUCUAUGUCAUUCUGGGGCUGUUGUUCCUUGCUCUCAUCGUGGGCGGGAUUGUAGUUGGAAUUGACUGGGAACACACAAAAACUCACUAAUCACUACUCAACCACACAGUUACAUAGCUAUGUACCAACUGUGACAACUUGCUCACAGUUUCUCCCCCAUUCAUGAUGUUCCAUUGAAAAUGAUGAUCAGUCCAGGGCUGUAUUAUAGUAGUAAGGUGUUUCGCAUGUGCUGUUCAGAGCAAUGUA